AUGUUGUUCGGAUCCAAAGAAGAGCCAGCAAUGGCCGAAGUGCUUGACCAGCAAAUUCGCAGGCCAUCCAAUGCGGAGGCCAUGAAGAACCAGCAUCGCAAGAGCGUCUCGAACAAAGGCCUGACAGGUGCUUCUGCUCUCACUGUCAGGCAGUCUAUCCUUCCCAUUACCUUGGUCACCAUCCUCUUCUUCCUCUGGGGGUUUGCCUACGGUCUCCUCGACGUUCUCAAUGCCAAGUUUCAGACCUCCCUCAACAUCACCGCUGCUAAGGCCGGUGGCCUUCAGGGUGCUUACUUUGGCGCAUACCUCAUCGGUCCUCCAACGUACAGUGGCUGGUUCGUUCGCAAAUUCGGAUAUCGCUAUACCUUCAUGCUUGGACUUACCAUCUACGGCGUCGGCGCACUGAUGUUCUGGCCUUCAGCUGUGAAGAGGUCUUUCGCUGGCUUCUGUGGCUCGCUCUUCAUUGUCGGCUCCGGUCUCUCAACGCUCGAAACAUCCGCCAACCCCUUCAUUGCCACCUGCGGUCCUCCCAGGCUUUCCGAGUUCCGUCUCGAACUGUCUCAGUCCUUCCAAGCAAUCGGCUCAGUCAUGGCACCAUUGCUAGCCUCCCGAGUCUUCUUCAAGCAAACAGAUCCCCAUGAUCUCACAAAUGUUCAGUGGACCUAUCUCGGCAUCGCCGUCUUCGUCUUCUGCCUGGCUGUCGUGUUCUACUUCUCACCCAUUCCUGAGGUCACGGACGCAGAUAUGGCGCUGCAAGGCGAGCAAUCAUCAGGUCUGACCGGCUACGCAGACAAGCCUCUAAGCAAACAAUACAAGCUGUUUUUCGGAGUUGCAGCCCAGUUUUGCUAUGUUGGCGCCCAAGUCGCCGUCGCAUCGCAAUUCAUCAAGUAUUCGGUCGAAAGCGCAGGCAUUUCGGACUCAGAGGGAAGUGAUCGCUACGCCAUUGGUCAAGGUCUCUUCGCAAUCGGACGUUUUGCUGCAGCCGGCGCUAUGAUGGUCAUGAAGCCCCGUUGGAUUCUUAUGGGUUUCAUGACAGGUGUGAUGGUCUUCAUCGCGGCUGCCAUGGGCGCAAAAGGUGAAGGAGGUGUCGCGGUUCUUUCUAUCGUCCUCUUCUUCGAAUCUUGUGUCUUCCCCACAAUCUUCACUCUGGCGAUCCGCGGUCUCGGUCGACACACCAAGCGUGGCUCCUCCUGGAUUGUGGCCUCCGUCAGCGGCGGCGCACUCUUCCCGUCUCUUACUGGGCUGGUCGCGGAUCACAAGGGAUAUCACAUUGCUAUGUGCGUUCCGCUUGUGGGCUUCUUUGUUGCCUUCGCUUUCCCGAUCUAUCUUAACACGUUGUGUGCGAAGGAAUUGGAUGGGUUCCGUGAGACGAAGAUUGGGUAUCAUGACCAAGAUGGAACUAUUGGUGAUAUCGUGCAUGAGGAGCGCAGAGCAUCGGUUGUCAGCUCUGAUCCUGAAAAGGGCGCUUUCUCGAAGGAGUACUCCGUAUGA